AUGCGUUGUCCACCCGUUCUGCAGUGUGUUACUGUGCUACUAGGAUUCGGUACAAUAGCCAAGGGCGAAGGCUGGUUCGGAAGCGGUUCUCAGAAUGCGGUAACGUAUGAGGACGAUUUCCCGACUCCGCGGCAUCAACAAGCCAAAGAAGCCUUACUCAAUCAUAUCCAACGAGAUAGGUGGGUGUGGAACCGAAGUCAUCCCCGCUACGCCUUGUUAAAUGCACUGUAUGGAUAUCUGCGAUACCGCGAGAGUAAUAUUGAAGAGGUCUUAAAAUGGAAGGAACUAUACGAAAGACUUCCUUUUGCACAGAAAAAGGUUGCGCGAGACGUAAUACACUAUGACAAGAGCUUAGACCGGGUGGAGCGGCUAUACGAAGAGAACGCGCAAGUGGCCGAUGCCAUUCUAAACCACGGGCUCCAGUACUAUCAAGUGGACCGGAAGGAGCUCGAGCAAUUUGCUCAGGAGGCCGAAGCGGACAAACGAGAACCGGAUCGUAAGGAAGUUCUACAGGCAAUGCGCCAUUUCGUUCGAGACUGGUCGGAUGAUGGCACGCAUGAGCGCAUGGAGACAUUUCCAUGGGUCCUUGAGACAAUUGAUGGACUGUUUCCAUCGCGCCAUGACAAUCCCGACAAUCCGAUCAAGGUGAUCAUCCCAGGAUCUGGACUGGGGAAGUUAGCGCACGAAAUCGGAGACCUAGGAGGUUUCGAAGUGACCUCCAACGAGUGGUCAAUGUACAUGAGCGUCGCAUACCGAUACAUGCAAACGCUCAAAGAGAAGGAAUCCGUCACAUACUACCCGUACAUUCCCCGCUGGUCCCACCAAAUCAACCGCGCGAACCUCGAACGCGGCGUCAAGAUGCCCAAUACCGCCAUCGACAACACAGCUAUCGUGCACGUCGAAGGCGACUUCACCCACAUCUUCAAAGCCCAAGCCGGCCAAUUUGACGUCGUCGUCACGCUCUUCUUCAUCGACACUGCCUGGAACCUGCUGACGUACAUGGACAGCAUCAAGGCGAUGCUGAAGCCAGGUGGGUACUGGCUGAACCUGGGGCCGCUGCUCUACCGCGCGCAACCGUACGUGCAGCUCACUCUAGAGGAGAUCCUAGACGUGUCGGAGCACAUGGGGUUCGAGUUCCUGGACAUCGAUCCGAAGUGGGGGAACCUGACGGUCGAGGGGAGGAAGGCGAGGGGGGUGGAGGCGCGGUAUAGUUUCGACCUGGAGGCGUUGAUUAAGCAUGCGUAUUACGCACAGAUGUGGGUCGCAAGGAAGACGGAGGAUGACCUGUUUCAUUCAGAGCUGUAGAUGUAGCGUUCCAAGGGAUUUCCUGUCACUGUCUGGCAUGAACCGACGAUCGAUUGCUGGAGCCGACCCUAGCUACCGAAGUGGAUGAGGUGAGACGCGAGAUGUGAUGAGAAAUAUAUUAUCCAUAGCCAAAUACGUCUCCUCGGAACUAGCCGUUAAGGAAAUGAUACAGCGGUAUCGGUACCGCGUUAAAUCAUCUGGGGGCGAAAAGUACGAUGC